AAACGUAAUGUAUGGCUUGGUUAUACAUGAUUGUCUAAAUCAUAAACCAGAAAAAGAAACAAUGUGGAAUAGUGGUUUCUCCUUUUUAUCUUCACACAUGUCUCCAAAAACCAAUUUGGUUCCUCUUUAUUUUUCUUCAAAGAUUCCCAAACCAAAUGACAAACCAUCUUCCUAACUUAGUACUAGACCCCCACCUCCACUCCAUAUAUCUUUAUAUGUAUGUUUUCUCUUUAUAUGCCAAACCUUAUAUUCAUCCGAAAAACACACACAAUAAGAACAACAAGAAUAGGUGAAUAGAAGGAAAAACAAGUAAAAACUAUGCCGAUCCGAUCUAGCCCCUUCUUCAAUAUGGAUAGCUCGGCCGUGCUCUCGCUCUUGAGGCAUACGGGCAGCUCUAUGGAUUCUAAACCUUCGAAGAAAACUUCUGGAAGCAUAGGUGGCGGGGUGCUCAAAAUGUUCAAGCUCAUACCAAUGCUAUCAUCUGGUUGCAAGAUGGUGAACUUGUUAAGUCGAGGGCAUCGAAGACCCUUACUUAAGGACUACGCAACCACGGGGACAAUAUUCGGGUUUCGCAAAGGAAGAGUCUUUCUUGCAAUACAAGAAGAUCCUCAUUGUUUGCCAAUGUUCAUCAUCGAGCUCCCGAUGCUGACUUCGGCGCUUCAGAAGGAGAUGGCCUCGGAGACUGUGAGGAUUGCUUUAGAAAGCGAGACCAAAACAUCGAGGAAGAAGGUGUUGGAAGAGUAUGUGUGGGGGAUCUACUGUAACGGGCGGAAAAUCGGUUAUUCGAUACGGAGGAAAAACAUGAGUGAGGAGGAGAUGUAUGUGAUUGAUGCAUUGAGAGGUGUUUCAAUGGGGGCUGGAGUUUUACCAUGUAAGAACCAAUAUGAUCAAGAGACAGAAGGAGAAAUGACUUACAUGAGAGCUCGAUUCGAUAGAGUGAUUGGUUCUAAGGAUUCUGAAGCAUUGUAUAUGAUCAACCCUGAAGGUAGUGGUCAGGGCACAGAACUUAGUAUCUAUUUUCUCAGGUCUCAUUAACUAUUUGUUACACUUUUCUUUUUGUCUCUGUUUUUAAAUAUAGUUAAAUGGUGAUAAUUGCAUUAUUAACUAUGAAAAAUAAGUUGAUGAUUUUUCUAAAA